AUGACGACGACGACAACCAAGACUCAGAACGAAAACGAGAUUCCAUACAACCUCCAACAUACCCAGACGCACGACACCAUCAACAACUCCAUCCACUCCAAGUUGAACACCAGCAACAGCCUUGGCUCAUUCCGCACCCAAACCUACCCAUCGCAUGGCAUAACAACGACCAUUCCUCACAUGCACCCAUCACAGUCUAGGUAUCUACUGAGGUUCAAGGAUCUUCAAGAGCCAGGUCAAAGGAGACCCGACAGCUCCGACACAAGACCUUCCAGUGGUGGUGCUGGUGAUGAUUCGGACUGGCAACUGCGGCACUACCGCGAGAGCAUGUCUGAUCAGGGCCACGAGUCUGAUCCCUCAGAACUGAUGCGACCGCCUGUCCUCUUCAGCUCUUCACCGCCUACACACCACAGUGGAUUUCACGCUGCCAUGACGAGAAGAGAAGGCAGUGAUCGAUCUGGACGAGACGUAUUCCCACCAGCUCGUCGCACCAACAGGAGCAUGUCACUUUCGAUGAGUCCUCAUGUCUGGCAAGACGGUCAAUUUAUUGAAAACGACCAUCAGCACUCUGCUUCUUCGUCGGGUAUGCCCUUUUCAGCCAGGGACCAUCGCGAAAUCGUACCUUACUCCCAGGAGUGGCGUGUCAUUCUACGACUGUUGGCCCAGACUCACAUCCGAUGUCGCUUCGGAACGAUUCGAGGAUAUGCAGACUAUGCAGGAGACCUCUGGAUCUGGAUGAUCCCAUAUCGGACCAGAGCAAACAGCACGGGAUUCAUGGAUUCCAACUACUUUCGGAUGCUUUCCGACGCCAAUAUUGCGCUCUCGAGGAGGGGCUCGCUUCAAGGCAAUGCUGAGCCAGAGUAUCCGGAGCCCUUACCGAUCGGCUCACCGACGUCAUCAAGUAGAGCAUCACUGGACAUUGACAGUCAUACGCCUCCCCUGGACAAAAGCAAGAGCCGCGCACGGGACUCCAACAACCCUGCGCAUCUCUCACACGACGCUCUCAAUCAGGGCUACUAUGAGCGAUUCUUUGUCGAGCAGAUGAAAUUGGGCCGUGGCUAUCGAGGAUCUGUCUUUCUGUGUCAACACAUCCUGGACGGCAUUCAUCUGGGAGAAUACGCGAUCAAGAAAGUGGCGGUGGGCGACAAUCACGAUUGGCUGGUCCAGAUGCUUCGGGAAGUUCAUUUGCUGGAACGUCUUCACCACCCGAACAUUGUCGCCUACAAACACGCGUGGCUCGAGAACCAUCAGUUGCACAAGUUUGGUCCAGAGGUCACUUGUCUCUUUAUCCUGAUGGAGUGCGCCAACGGGGGAAAUCUGGAAGAAUGUAUCGAACGACCUGUUGAGACACAACCUCAAGCCGAUGUAGGGACACCAGCUGCUGAUGGAUCAGGACAAGUAGCAGAAGCAAAGAAGCCAAUGUCGGCCAGAGAACGGUUGCAGUCCAAACGACAGCACCUGCAGGGCGUACUAAACUCGCCGCCAGUCAAGGGAGGCGACGCCAGCGGGAGUGCAGAUGGAUCGGCCAUACAGCAGAGGCACUUUUUGUCGAUCACGGAGAUCUGGAGUUUCUUCUUUGACAUCUGCGAAGGUUUGGCGCAUUUGCAUCGACUUGGGAUCAUUCACCGUGAUCUCAAGCCUCCCAAUCUGCUAUUGAGUUACUCCAACAGCCAGAUCAAGGGAACCAAGGGCGAGCGACCAAGGAUUCUGAUUACCGAUUUUGGGGAGUGUGAGAUCUCGGACCAGGCUGCCAAGCGGGACAGGACCGGAGCGACUGGCACACUCGAGUUCCUAGCUCCUGAGCUUUUAGCAGUGGAUGCUAAUGGACGGUACACAAACGAGUUCUCAUUCAAGGGUGACAUGUGGUCGUUGGGCAUGGUCCUCUACUAUCUCUGCUACUCUCGCCUGCCAUACACUCAGAUCGACGACGUGGAUAUUCUCAAGGAGGAAAUCAGGGAGUUCAAAUCAAUAACUCUACCUGCGGACGAGUCGAGCGAUCGGGUAGUCCCCGAAGAACUCAAGAUUUUGAUCCGCGUGUUGCUGUCGACAGACAAGUCGAAACGCCCCAGCUGCGAUGAUAUUUUGUCAAUGCUAAGCCCACAGCGAGACCGCAUGAUGCAUGGGAACAUGGAAUCUCCAACAACAGCCUCGUUUCGACCUACAUCUUCAACCUUUUCAUCACAGUCCUCGGCCCGCCAGGAAGAGGGAGAAGGCAGUCGCAAAGAAGGUGGCGAUGGAAAUGACGCAAGAGACGAUUCGAUGGAACAACGUUUUCCACUUUCCAAGGGACCACAAACUCUCGCCUCGCACCGUCAACACUACUACAGCCCCACCUUGGUAACUGGCAGGCGGCGGAGUCGGGCUACUUUGGUCACGGAGAGUUCCAGGGGUGGUACAGGACAACCUCCGUAUUCUCCAGCGACAGUUGCCAGGAAUACGGCCAGUCCUAGCUCCAACCUGCAUAGAAAGGUCAAACCUUUAGGCCUGGGGCUUCGACACAUGUUACGCCGACGGAUGAUGCACCCUGCUGCUAUCACGGGAGCGGGAAUGUACAAGUAUCCUCAAAGCGAGCAAAGAUCUCCUGCUCAAGGCUCGUCGGAUAUGACGCUGAGGGCACGGGCACCUAAGCCUUUGUAUCUCUCAUCGCCGCCUAUGGCUGUCGACCGUUCGCCUGUGCAGGAGAUGAUGAGAGUACCGCAGGAACCUGCUGUUGUAGGACAGCGCCAAGCGGAUCUCAUGCUGCAGCAGCAGUUUCAGACGAGGAGGCAGGCUGCCAGUGGGAAGGGAUCGAAUCUUGGACUGGCGGUCGAGUUGAACCCUCAAGUGCAUGAUAGCGUUGAUAGCAGUGGGCCGCCUGAUUCUGCAGGGCACGGAGCCGAUCUUUCGACAGAGGUUUCAGGAGACCCACGGCGGUCAUCGAGGCAAAAUGAAGCUAGGAGGAAGAGUCAUGAAGCGGUUUCUAAAUCUUCUCGCGGUACCAACUACAGCAACAGCAACAGCAACAUCAAACAGAAGCGACCCCGUGAUAAGGACAGGCAACCGCCUCGUCGCGAAAAUCUCGACUCUGACUCUGAGGAAACUAGUUCGAAUGAUGACCUGGCUUCGACACACAGGCGCAGCCUUUCGGGUCAACAGCCAUUGAAGAAGACAGAGCAGGAGGGAGUUGGAAGGACAGGGGCGAUCACCAAGGCGCACGCGCCACUUGGAAAGGCUUACUGGAGCAACCUAGCAUCAGCCCAUGCGCGUGAUAUGUCUCGUUCGGAAUCGGGAACAGGACUUGACGGCGAUGUUCUUAUGGCUUCCGUUGCUCCUGUUGAUGGAGCCGAAGGGGAGUUGGUGGACGGUGGGAUGAGCAGGUCUGGGACCGAGUCUGAUGAUGAUGAGGAUGAGAAUGAGCGGUUCCUGCGCAGGAAGAAGACAGGUUCUGCGGUGGCAGGGUCUCGGCAGAGGAGGAGAAGGGUUGAGCAGAGUGAGGGGAUGGGUGACGAGGAUAUUGGGUUGUUGGAUCGUGAUGGUUCUGAGGACGAGCAAGUUGCAAACACCGACGUGGUUACUGCUGCUUCGGCCUCCAAUGCUGCUGCUGCUGACGCCGAUGUUGGGAGUCGUGAGGAGGGAUCAGUGGUCCUGAAAACGCGGGAUGGCGAUAACGACGACGAUAAUAAGGCAGGUGAAGAUGAUAUAGAGGACGACAAGUCGAUCAAGUUGAUUUGGCAGGCACUGUUGAGCGGCAUUAUCAUACAAGUCGCGUGGGUCGGAUUCAUCUGGCUCUUUAGUCGUGGGCGCGUCUGCGCCGUCUUGUAA